AUGUUUCUCAACACUAUCUACGCUCAAUUCCUCGCCGAAUUCACCACCCCCAUCGACAUUCUCGUUCGCACGAUCGACUUCCUUCGCUUCAAAAACCAGAAAAGCCCCCGUGAGAUCUCAGAAUAUGAAACUGACAAGUAUGAACGUCUUCAAAAGAUAUUCACCAAGCUCAUCGACAACACAUCCUGGGAAGAACUCUACGAAGGCGAAUGCUUCGAAUUCAAGAUCGGUCUGAAAACCCAAGCUGACAUCCUUCGAAAUGACCCAAAGAAGCAAGGCAACGAGCGAAUCAAAAGCGUUCACAAGGCGCUACUCGAGCUUUCCAAGCAAAUCGCCCUGAUCGGACAAGUAGCGAUUGCAAUGGCCGAGGAAACACCGGGAUGUGAUCUAGCUCGCAAGUUACCCUGCGAAUGGCUCUUCUCGCAAACCGGUGAGGCAGAGGUUGAGCAGGUUUCCGUACUAAUGGAAUAUGCUCUGGAUAGUCUGGCGUUCGAGGUGAAGGCUGAUCCAUCUCUUGCUGUCAAGGCUGCGGAGCACCUCGAGCAGAUUAUCAAGGAUAUCGAUGAAGAAUUCCUACCCUAG